AAAGGCGGAAUUCGUAACCCUAAAGCCGGCUUUCUGCCGGCGGAACGUUUGAUCCGGACUACAUUUUCCACACGGGCACUUUUGUAAUGGACCAAAGCUAAGUUGCCUGGCGAAAUGGAAGUGAAAAACGCUAAUGCUGCUAUGCUCAGUAACUAUGAGGUGUUCAAACUCCUGACAGACCUGAAGGAACAGAGGAAGGACAGCGGGAAGAACAAACACAGCGCCGGGCAACAGAACCUCAACACCAUCAUGUAUGAGACGCUGAAGCACCUGUCAAAGACGCCCUGCAGCAGGCAGAGUCCAGAGAUUGUCAAAGAUUUCCUCACCACCAUGAUGCCUCACAAACUCACAAAGGCAGAAAAACUGCAGCUCUUGAACCAUCGGCCACAGACAGCAGUGGAAAUUCAGCUAAUGGUGGAAGAGAGUGAAGAGCGGUUAUCAGAGCAGCAGAUUGAGGAGCUCAUCCAGACAGUCGCAGACGCCCUACCUGGUGACCCGGAGCAGGAAAACGCAGCUGCAGAGAUGGAUGACGCCAGUGAACAGUCAUGACACAGUGACAGGCCAGGAAUGAACCAUAGGUGGAGAACGGGAGUGAAGGCUAGAGUUAUUUCAGAACUGGACUGGUUGCUUUUACCUGCGCCAUUUUGCGUCAAUGUUUGAACUGAACAGCAUGCUGGGAGAAGGGAUGCACAAUGGCUGCCUGGCCAUGGCUAAAAGGACCUCAUUACCUUUUGAAAUGCCUUCACAUUAAGGUGAAGCAUUUAAUGAAUGUAUGAAUUUAAGCAGAAUGUGUCUGAUUUGCGUUUACGCAUAUUAAUACAACUGGUUUCAAAUCAAACAUGCACACGCUUUCAUAAGUACAGGUUUUUGGACAGUGAGUCACAGACGUCUUGUUUUGCAUCUGACUGGUCUAAUUUGUAUUUCACAUCAGAUAAUGUUUAUGCAGAGACAGUCUGCUAUUAAACUGGUAUAUUUUUGGUCUUAAUGUUAGUCGUGAGUUUAUACCAUGGUGCAUGGAAAUAAGGGUUUUUGCUGCUGUAUGAUUUCCCAAGCUGUAAUGUCAGUCAUACAAUUAAACUUGCAUUGGUGCAGCACUGACAUAAAGUCGGUAGUAUUAUUAGAGUGGCUACAGUAUGUAAUAAGGUGAUUGUUGUCUCUUAUUCAUGUUAUCUUUUUAAAACAUGCUGAUCUUUUCCUUCUGUAACAAAAUGAAACAUAAAUCUUAAAAUGUA